GAGGGGAACUACUUCUAUGGCCUGCUGAACCUUCCGAUGCAGGACUUUAUUCGUGCAGAGUCUCGUCACCCGAAGGACACUAUGCCCAGAAGGACGUUCAGAUAUUUGUUCGAAAUCCACCAAAAAUAGCUGGUUUUACAUUUCCUUCGGACCUAGUAGAAGGCAGUUCUAUACAAGUUUUAUGCGGCAUCACUUCUGGAGACAAACCUGUCUACUUCUCCUGGCUCAAAGAUGGACAGACACUUCCAUCCAACCUUCAGGUUCAAGAGAAAUCCCUAGAUGAAUUCAGUUUCCUGAUUUUCUCCCACGUGACGUCACAGCACAGCGGCGAAUAUACUUGCGUCGCAAGCAACUCUGCGUCUGAGGUUAAUCAUACCGCAAGAUUAGCUGUUAAAGUUGCACCGUCAUGGGUGUUUGAGCCGCAAGACGUAUCUGCACUACUCGGUACUCCCAUUCUAGUGCAUUGUUCUACAAAGGGAUAUCCGGAGCCGAAAAUAUCGUGGCAUAAAGGGCAUGGUUCGAAUCCAACUGAUUUCCGUCCCCUAACGGGUCUUGAAGCGGCAAUAUCAGUGCUGGGUAAUGGAUCAUUAAGCGCGCUAUCCGCGUCUCACACACAUGAAGGUCGCUACAUGUGCCGCUCUGACAAUGGUGUUGGCAGAGGACUGUCGAAAAUCAUCACUAUCUCUGUCAAUGAGCCGGCCCAAUUUGAAUACUCGUCCCGUAAUAUGUCCGUUCGACGGACGGCGUCUGUAACACUAUCUUGCGCUGCUCGAGGCGACUCGCCCAUCCAACUUCACUGGACUCACAAUAUGAGACCUUUGGAGCUUAUUACUUACAGAGUCUCAGUGUCGGAGAAACGAUCAGAAAGCGGAGCGAGUUCUGAGUUGACGAUAGCGCACGCACAACGACGGGACUCCGGCGUUUAUAGGUGUCGCGCGGAAAACGCGUACGGUAGAGAUGAGCUUCUCAUAUAUCUGGCGGUGCAAGAGUUUCCGGAAGCACCACGUGGCUUAUCAGUGAAACAGCGCGAGGGUCGCGCAGCAACUGUGCAGUGGCGGCGCGGUUUCGACGGCAACGCGCGUCUCCGUGCGUUUCGUUUGCAGUAUCGAGUUGUUGGUCACACGCAGCUGCCGCCUGAUUGGAGCCUUGCUCCAACGCGAGAAUUGCCCGCUGAUAUACUAGUUCAGAAGCAGGAAUCGUCAGAUCCUGAGUCAGGAGUUCUCCUGGAAUAUCGUGUUGAAGGACUAAGGCCUGCCACUGCUUAUGCUUUAAGAUUAGCAGCUGUUAACGAUAUUGGUGACAGUGACUAUUCAGAUUCAGUCAUUGUGAAUACUCUUGAAGAAGCUCCAUCAGAACCUCCCAGAGGAGUAGAAGUCCUACCGGAUGCUCCCGGCGAGCUACUUAUAAAAUGGCAGGCUCCUAGCCAAGAGGCAUGGAAUGGCGAGCUCUUAGGGUAUGCAAUAUGGUGUCGGGGUGAAAACGCAUCUCUAUCUAUUUCUGUGGCUGGAUGGGCAGCUGCAAGUGUGAGACUCGGGGCACUAAGACCACACGCGAGAUAUGACGUCACAGUUAGAGCGUACAACUCUGUUGGUGCUGGACCGGCGUCUACGCCUCUAGCCACUACAACAUUAGAGGAUGUACCUGACGCACCCCCUCAACAUGUACGCUGUGAACCACUUUCAUCACAAUCACUCCGUGUCUGGUGGGAAUCACCUCCACUAGACAAACGAGGAGGAAUGCUUAUAGGAUAUGAGAUAUCCUACAGAUCGGUAGAACGUGCAUCAGGCGUGUGGGAACGCCGGCGUGCUGGAAGUGGUGAGGCGCAGUUGUCCGGACUGCGAGCGGGAAACUACUCGGUA